AUGAGAAAAGACUAUGAAUCCGAAGAAUUGAAGCUGUACUUUAUAACGAAGAAAGACCUUUGGAAUAUUAUAGUGGAAUAUAGUCUAAUACUUGGGAUUCACGGCAAAGAUGACCUCACUUCGCUGAGAAAAAGGCAACACGAACAAACCAAUGACGAUGGCCUUCGCUUCUUUGAGAUGCCGGAUGAACCAAGUGGAAAAAGCUUUUUUUCUCGGUUCCAUAUACUCCAGUCAUGGAAGCGUCAGACGAAAGAGUGUGUCAAGAUAGAGCUGCAGAAGGGAGUGAUCGCAGCCUUCAGAAGUUUGCUUCGAAUUGGUGAAUUUCAGUCAAGGCUCACUGAAAUACCGACACACAUAUGCAACAAAGGCUGUUCGCGUCUGAUCCAGUACCUGCAACGCGAAUAUCUUGGUAGAAGCCGUCUUUUCCAACGAAUAUACCAACGGACUUUCUUUUUAAGGGCCCGAGAAAAUAAAACAAUGGGCCGCUUUUCAGCGCAAGGGUGUUGUGAAGAGCACGUCGAUGUUUGGCGAGAGGUGGCAUCUGAGAAUCAAACAAGAAAACUCAAAAGGAAGGCGAAUGCUAGGAUCAACUAG